CCUCCCUCGUUCCCUCGCUCCGACUCCACUUCUCCAGCAACGCAGUCUCCACUCGGGCCCCGACAGCUCUGUCUAUCUCUCUCUCUUUCUCUUUCUCUCUCUCUCUACCCUCGUCUGUCACCCGAGCUUCCUCUUUCGCAGGGUGUGUGUGUGUGUGUUUACCCUCUUUUUCGGCCUGGCAACGGGGCUGCAUGCUCAGGAUUACCAGAGGCCUUGCUUUUCAUCGCCCUCUUCCUUUCUCCUGGACUACGGCGGCCACGGGUGCGAGGCUGUGUGUUUUCUGUGGAUCUGUAGAUCAUGGAUCACUCUCUGUUCGGAUGCCUUCGAAACCCGCUCGCCCCAUCUCAAGCUCUGCACCCGGCGUUCACCCAGGCCCUCCAUGGCCGCUCUGAUCACAUCUCCUACCCUGACCUCCCGGGACCUUCACCGCCUUGCAGCUACACUGGGGAGGAGAGCAGUUUCGGAGGAGCUCAUCAUAGAGUUCACCCCGCUCCGCAGCAUCCACACCACCCGCAGCAUCAUCAGUGGCACGUCCCGCAGAUGCCAUCUAUAGAGGGCGAGCGGCACGGGCUCUGUCUGCCGCACCCGGACGCUGCUGCUCCAGAACUGUGCGGCACUGGAGCGGGUUCGCAGGGCAUGUGCGCCGGUAACCCAACACUCACUGGAAGUGACCCUUCUGGGGUGUCAUGCGUGCCUGGAGAGUACGGGAGACAGAACAUGUCACCUGUUGAGCCAGAGAGAAGGAGCAGCAAAGGAAAGAGCGACAGUUCAGAUUCCCAGGAUGGGAGCUAUAAGUCAGACGUGAGCAGUAAACCUAGGAAGGAGCGCACGGCGUUCACCAAGGAACAGAUCCGAGAGCUGGAGUCAGAAUUCGCUCACCACAACUAUCUGACACGGCUUAGACGUUACGAAAUCGCUGUCAACCUUGACCUCACAGAGAGACAAGUGAAGGUCUGGUUCCAGAACAGACGGAUGAAGUGGAAACGGGUGAAAGGAGGUCAACAGGGAGCCGCCGCCAGAGAGAAAGAGCUGGUGAACGUAAAGAAAGGGACUCUCUUACCCUCUGAAUUCUCCCCAAUGGUGGGACUCCAUCAUCCUAUCGGCUCUCCCAGCAAUGAGGACGACAGUCACGACAGCGAUCAGAGCUCCGAUCAUGCACAUUUAUGAUGCCCGCAAGUCUGGACAAUCUCCUCAGGAAUCAGCUGUGUUGGUUCUCCAUUAACAACGAGCACAGGUUAUUUCAGUCUGAGUGAUUUCGGGUUUGUUCUUGGUCUGUGAAACAGAUGCUCGCAGGGUCUUAAUUUGGAAGAUUAGUCGAGUUAAAAGGGGGUUUAAUGGUGGUUGUACUUUUGAAGAGACUUUGGGUUUUAUACACGUUUGAGUCUUGAGAUUGACUUUGUAAAUAAAUGUAAGUUUGGAUGUUGUAAACAUUCCAUACGAGUGCCUUAAAGAGGAUUUUUUGCACUGUUGUUUGUUUGUUUUUCCUUAACUGAUUGCUACUGUAUUUAGACAGUUUUUUGAUAAAACAUAUUGCCAUGAUUGCCAAAAAACACAUUUUUACAUAACCUGUGACAGCAUAGAUGAAGUAUUUUCAUGGUCUGUUUGUAAAGAAACAAAGCAAAUUGCAAAUUGCAGCAUAUUUUGUGUUUACUGAGUCAUUUUUAGACUCCCACAGAUUUCAUUUUUUUUAUUAGUUUUCCACAAUAUUGAUGCAUUUGGAUUUAAUUUACUAUAGAUGGACAGUAGGGGGGAAAUUAUAUAGUAUGGGUAUAUUUUCACUUACCUUGCCGAAGACUUGUUUACUUACUGACUGCAAAUAAUGUUCCAUGAUCACUGAGUUAUUACAAGAAAACAUUACAGUUCAAAACUUUGGGGUUGGUUGGAUUUUAAAAAAGUGUUUACAGUAAGAUGCAAAACUAUAUUUCUAUGCAGAAAUAUUGUAAUAGUCUUUUUUUCUAUUUUUCAUAUAUGUAAAGGUUAUAAAAGGGGAGUUCACAGUGAUUUGUUAUAGUGUAGCAUAAAUGAUUAGGAGAUAUUUAUUAUUAUUAUUAUUAUUAUUAUUAUUAUUAUUAUUAUUAUUAUUAUUAUUAUCAGUGCUGAAAACAGUUGCCAAGUUUGUGUAAACAUUUUUUUCGUUUACUUUUGAUGAACAGCGUGUAUUUGAAAUAAAUAUAUAACAUUAUAAUUGUCUUUAACUUCAUUGAGUAACUGAAUGCAAAUAUACUGAAGAAACACAUGCAAUUAACUAAAAUUAAACUUAAAUACACUGACCCCAGACUCUUGAAUUGUAGCGUACAGUUGAAGUUAAAAUUAUUAGCCCUCUUGUGAAAUUCUAAUUAGUUUAAUAAUAUUUCAUGAGUGCUGUUUGAUGGAGAGAACAUUUCAAACACAGUCCAAAGACAUGCACUAUAGGUGAAUUGGAUGAACUAAAUUGGCCGUAGUGUAUUAGUGUGUGUGUGUGUGAAUGGGAGAGUGUAGGGUGUUUCCCAGUGCUGGGUUGCGGUUGGAAGGGCAUCCGCUGCAUAAAACAUAUGCAGAAAUAGUUGGCGGUUCAUUCCUCUGUGGUGACCUCUGAUAAUCAGAGACUAAGCUGAAAGAAAGAAAUUAUGAAUUAAUUUCUUUGUCUUUAGCAUGACAAUACAUAAUAUUUCACUAGUUAUUAAUAUUCAGCUUAAAGUGCAGUUUAAAAGCUUAAAGGUUAAUUAGGUUAACUAGGUAAGUUAGGUUUAUUAGGUAAGUCAUUGGACAAAAGCGGUUUACUGUGUAGCUAAUCCCCCCAGAAAUACCAUUUUUUUAGUUGAGGCUCAUAAUAGUGACCUACAAAAUUGUUUUUAAAACUUUUAAAACUGCCUUUAUUCCAGCCAAACUAUAAAAGAAAUAAGACUUUCUCCAGAAGAAAAAAAUGUAAACUGUUUUUUGCUCUGUUAAACAGCACUUACUGUAGAACAUUUCACAGGAGGGCUAAUCAUUUUGCCUUCAACUGUAUUUAAGAACCCCAAGUUCAAGUUGCUUUUUUUCAGAUGAAGUUUACAAUAUAGUUCAUGUCUUCUAUUUACCUUGUAAAUAAACAAAA